AUAAAUACCCCCAACUGAGUCCCCAUUUUGCCACAAGAAAAUUACACUACAACAAUAAUAGUAUCAAUAAAUUCAGACCAGCAACUGCAGCUGCUAUAUAUAUAUAUAUAUAUAUAUUUUUCCUUUUCAUGAUCAGGAGAUUCAGAAGAUCAAUGGCUGCCACGGCUCUUGACCCGAGACAGAGUCCGCUUGCCCUAAUUCGCAGCAAAGACCCCCAGAACAAUGUCGUGGUGGAGGAAAUCGAAGGCCUCAUUAGGGUUUACAAGGAUGGACACGUGGAACGCCCCCAGAUGGUGCCAUGUGUCCCGCCGACAUUGCCGCCGGAGCUAGGGAUCACCUGCAGGGACAUCGCCAUCGACAAGUACACCAACGUUUGGGCGCGCUUGUAUGUCCCGAAUUCCUCAAAAUCAAAGAAGCUCCCUUUGUUAGUCUACUUCCAUGGCGGAGGAUUCUGCGUCGGCUCCGCUGCCUGGAGUUGCUACCACGACUUCCUAGCCAAAUUGGCAUCACAAUCCAAUGUCGUCAUCCUGUCAGUGAAUUACAGGCUGGCGCCGGAAAACCCUCUCCCGGCGGCCUACGACGACGGCGUCAAAGCCCUGAUUUGGCUGAGACAGCAAGAAUCCGUCAGCAGCAGCGAAUGGUGGGCUAAUAAAUGCAACUUCUCCCGCAUUUAUUUAAGCGGCGACAGCGCCGGCGCCAACAUCGCCUUCCACGUGGCCCUGACGAGGCCCAACAGGCCGCCGGACGUCGUUCUCCAGGGCCUGAUUUUAAUACAGCCAUUUUUCGGAGGGGAGGCUAGGACGAAUUCGGAGAAGUACACAGCGCAGUCGCCGCGGUCGGCGCUGACGCUGGCGGCGUCAGACGCGUACUGGCGGAUGUCGCUGCCGGCGGGGGCUAAUCGGGACCAUCCGUGGUGCAAUCCGGCGGCGGGGAAAGUGGUGCCGGCGGCGGCGAUGAGAACGAUGGUUUGCGUGGCGGAGAUGGAUAUAUUGAAGGAUAGGAGUGGUGAAGUGUGUGGGAAAUUAGGGAGCCAAAUGGGGGUAAGAAUGGAACAGGUAAUUAUCUCCAAAGGUGUCGGCCAUGCCUUUCAGAUCCUCAACAAAUCUGCACUCUCCCAGGCUCGGACUAAUGAAUUGAUCAGUUGCAUAACCAAUUUCGUCCAUUAAUCAAUCACUGCCAUUGUCUUGUCUGCCACUACGAAUCAUUGUCUGUAUAGUUAAAUAUAGCUCAACUUAUCCCUGGAAUAUAAUAUUAAUAAUCAUUUUCUUUCAAUUAUUUGAGGUACUGAUGAAGAAAGUUUGUUUAAAGAGUGUCAUGUUGGGAAGAUUCACUAAAUACCUGUUAUCAGAAAACGACAUAGAAAGCAAAUAAAGAAAACAGACGUUUUAGAUUCGGUAACGAUGUGUCAACCUGCGUUUACGGGCAGGAACCGAAGAGAUUUUAUUAUAUUGAUUCAGAGAUUUACAAUAUGUCGUCCGACUAAAAACCAUAGUUGUCUAUUUAUAAGCACCCAAAAUACCCUAAACCCUAAGCCUAUUU